UGACAGUGUUCAUUGGCGCUCAAACAAACAGAACCGGGGAGGGACUCCAUGGAUUCGGUAUUUAGAUGUUUUCAGGAACUGGAAACCUGCAAAAAGUUCUGAGUUUUUUUUUUUUUUUGUUCCAGAAGAAGCUAAAGCAGGUGGAUCAGCGAUGUCAGCUGGAUCAGAUCCUCCCGGAAUCAAACCAUCCAGAAGGUCUCCUCGCCUGUUGCCACAGGCCGACGCCGAGAAGCAGAAAGGAGGAAACAGCCUGCAGGAGGCGAAGAGGAGAGGAAGGAUGGAGAGGAGCAGAGAGGAGGAGCUGAGCGGCAGGCUGAAGACGCUGGAUCUGUCCAGCAGGUCUGCAGCCAGCGGGACCGGUCUGGUUUACUCACAGAUCUUCACGCAUCAUCAGAACCUGUGGGAUCUGAGCCAUGUAGAGAGUCCCAGCAGAGUGACGUCCAUCAUGUCGGAGCUGCAGAGGCAGGAGCUGCUGGAUGUCUGCGUCAGCGUGGAGCCCAGAGAAGCUACAGAGGACGAGCUGCUGCUAGCUCACACGAAACUCUACGUAGACGCCAUGAAGGAGACUCAGAAGAUGACCCAGGCUGAGCUGCAGAGUCUGUCUGAAAGAUACGACUCAGUCUACCUCCAUCCGGAGUCAUUCCAGGUGUGUGCGACAGCUGUUGGGUCGGUCCUGCAGCUGGUGGACCGGGUUCUGACCUCUGAACUCAGGAAUGGAUUCGCUGUCAUCAGACCUCCAGGUCACCACGCUCAGGCCGACCAGCCCAACGGGUUCUGUGUGUUCAACAGCGUGGCGAUCGCAGCCCGAUACGCCCAGAGACGCCACUCUGUCAACAGGGUUCUGAUCGUGGACUGGGACGUCCAUCAUGGUCAGGGUAUCCAGUAUCUGUUCCAGGAGGAUCCCAGCGUCCUGUACUUCAGCCUCCACCGCUAUGAGGGGGGGGCCUUCUGGCCUCACCUGCCAGAGUCAGACUGCAGCUUCGUGGGCAGCGGGCGAGCUGAAGGCAGGAACAUCAACCUGCCUUGGAACGAGACGGGUCUGAGUGACGCUGAUUACAUCGCUGCGUUCCAGCAGGUGCUGCUCCCCGUCGCCUCUGAGUUUCAGCCUCAGCUGGUUCUGGUCUCAGCCGGAUUCGACGCUGCAGCCGGAGACCCGAAGGGGGAGAUGUGCGUGAGUCCUCAGUGUUUCCACAUCCUGACCCACAUGUUGAUGAGUUUGGCGGAAGGGCGACUCGUCCUGGCUCUAGAGGGGGGGUAUAACCUGCAGGCCACAGCAGAGGGAGUAGCAGCCUGUGUCAGGGCUCUGCUGGGCGGAGCCUGUCCUCCUCUGAACCCGCCCACUGCUCUCUCUGACAGCGCCCUGCACUCCAUCUCCCAGACCGUCUCCGCUCUGUACCCAUACUGGGCCUCGCUGCAGGUUCUAGCUGGAUCCGUGACCGAGGGGCGUGGCGCCAGAACCGCAGCCAAUCACAGUGGCCCAAAGCCAGCCUCCGUGGACACGUCUUUUACCAAGACGACAGGGCUGGUUUACGAUGAGAAGAUGAUGGAGCAUGUGAACCUGUGGGACAGACAUCACCCUGAACAGCCUCAGAGGACCUUUAAGAUCUUCUCUAGACACCAGCAGCUGGGAUUGGUUGAUCGUUGCCAUCGGAUACAGGCACGCCUGGCAACAGAGGAGGAGCUGGCCAUGUGUCACAGUUUGCGGCAUAUCGAGCAGAUGAAGGCGACGACGGAGAUGAAGCCCCGAGACCUUCACAAGCUAGGAGACAACUUCACCUCCAUCUUCCUCUGUAACCAGAGCUUCCAGUGCGCCCAGAUGGCUGCUGGAAGCUGCUUCAAUGCUGUGGACAGCAUCCUGACUGGCCAGGUGAGGAACUGCGUGGCCAUCGUCCGUCCUCCGGGUCACCACGCCGAAAGAGAUGUUCCCUGCGGUUUCUGCCUCUUCAACACGGCAGCACUCACUGCUCGCUACGCUCAGAAAAACUCCCAGGAUUCUCAGCUGCGGAUCCUGAUCCUCGACUGGGACGUUCACCACGGCAACGGGACUCAGCACAUGUUUGAAGAUGAUGAUAGCGUUCUUUACAUCUCACUCCAUCGCUAUGACAACGGGACGUUCUUCCCGUUCUCUGAAGACGCUGCCCCUUAUAGGGUGGGCGUGGCCAAGGGUUCAGGUUACAAUGUGAACGUGGCGUGGAGCGGAGGACGAAUGGGCGACUCAGACUACCUAGCAGCCUUUCAUCAUGUCGUCAUGCCGAUUGCCACUGAAUUUAACCCUGGUCUGGUUCUGGUGUCCGCUGGGUUUGACGCAGCUCGAGGAGAUCCUCUGGGAGGAUAUAACGUGUCUCCAGAAGGAUACGCCCACCUCACACACAUGAUGAUGUCACUGGCUGGGGGACGAGUCCUCGUCAUCCUGGAGGGAGGUUAUAACCUGACAUCAAUCUCUGACUCCAUGGCGAUGUGCACCAGCGUGUUGCUAGGAGACCCUCCUCCAUCGCUGGUGACGCCCCUCCCCCCUCCUCAUCACUGCGCCGUGGCAACAAUCAGGGAAGUUAUCCGACAGCACCUCCCCUACUGGCGGUCCUUGAGGAUCCAGGUUCCAGAGUCUGUGCAGGAAGCCGUGCCCUCCCCAAAGCAUCGUGGGAAACGUAGCUCUCAAGGCAGGAAGUCAGAAAAGCCACCCUGUGUUGGACAGGUCUCUAUGACGGAGCACGGUCUGGAGCAGCUCAUGCAGGGAUUGGCCAGUCUAGACAUCCAUAAAACCUCUGCCAAUCAGGACAAGGUCAAGCCUUCCUCCACCCCACCAGAAGCGGCAGCAGCGAAGGUGGAAGGUGACAUGAAGACUGAGAACAGCCAAUCAGCAGAGAGCAUGCAGCCUCAGAGCGUGACGACAGCAGCGAAGGCGGACCAAGCAGGGACCGACCCUGAAGCAAGGGCGGAGUCAGGAAGAGGGGAGGAGCCUUUGGACGGCUCAGGGGCGGAGCCAGAGGAAGAGGGAGCCUGUGGUUGGUCCAAGCCUCAGGUGUCUCUGGAGAUGACAUGCAGCGCUGAAAUGGGCGGAGACACUCUGUACGUGGUGGACCCCCUGCCCUGGUGUCCUCACCUGGAUGCUGUCAAGCCUCUCCCACAUUCUGGCAUAGACGUCUUCCAGCCGUGCGGCGACUGCGGUUCCGACGCCGAGAACUGGAUUUGCCUGACCUGCUACCAGGUGUGCUGCGGUCGCUACGUCAAUGAGCACAUGGUGACACAUGGCGCCACGUUGGAACACCCGAUGGUCCUGAGCUUCUCGGAUCUGUCCGUAUGGUGCUACCUGUGCGAGUCCUACGUCCACCACCAGGUUCUGUUCGAGGCCAAAAACGCUGCUCACUUCGCCAAGUUUGGAGAGGAGGUUCCACCGUGGAGCUGAGGAUGACCUCUGCGCCCAGCUGAUGACGGGGUUACCACGGAAACCAGCAGAACAAACCGAAUCUGUUUAGCUUUUAUUUUCUUAAAAAUUAAUCAGUAGCUUUUAUUGUGAAAAUCCAGCUUGGAGCCAGUUCAUGUAGCUCUUUCCUGUUUGUGUAAAUAUUCAGACGUCCUGUAGUGAACGGAGUCGUGGAUGAAGUGGAACCAGCAGCAGUGACCCAAAGUCCUGCUGGCAUCUGAUUGUUCGAUCAGCACUCUUUCAGUAAAACAUGAAUGUUGAAGUUCUUUUAUUUUGUAAAAAAGAAACCCAGCUAUAAACGGUCCGUUCUUUACCAGCUGGUAAAAAAAAGUUGUGCAAUACGCCUCAUUUACCCCUUUUAGAACCCUGUUGGUCCGUUUGGACCUGAUCAGAACUGAUCCAUCAAUAUUUAGUGUUUGAGGCUGGAAAGUUAAUAUCACAUUUUUUUUUAUUUAAUGGUUUUAUUGAAAAUAAAAAGAAGUUUGAGACACCGUU